AUCCAUUUUGACAACACAAUUAAUAACAACACAUAAUAACAAGAGUCACGUGAUGUCCGAUCACAUGAAUGGCGGACGCGUGUCCGGUGGCAACACUGGUGGCAGUCAUACGGCGAGCGGCGGUACCGGCGGUGACCAGACAUCCAGUAAUAGUGGCAGCGCAUCCGCCGCCACCACCUCCUCCUCAGCCAAUCAUAAUCACCACAAAUCACAUCCGCAACAGCACUACAAGAACUCGGCCAACGCUAUCGACGACUUUGAUUACCCGUUUUUCGACGAUGUGUCCAAAUACGAGAAACUGACCAAAAUUGGCUAA